AUGAUCUCACAGAAUUGUUGUAGAUUAAUUAGCAGACGAAUCAACCAGACCAAUCUAAUCAGUAGUAAAAGCAACUAUUGUUUGGUUAAAGCAUCACAAUCACAGUCAUCACAAUCGACCUCUUAUUCUUUUAAAAAGAAGAAUACCGAUAAUACUACUACUCCUUCAGCUUACAAAUACUUUUCAACAUCUUCCACGAAUAAUAAUAACAACAAUGUAAAUACAACAACAACAACCAAAAAUAACAAAGUUGAUCACAAAGAUUUGGAUUCACAUGAAGAAUCAUUUGUAGAUCAUAAUCAAGAAAUAUUUAAAAGAGAUCCAAAAGGAUUUUGGAUAGUAGUUGGGUUGGUUACAGCAAGUGUUGGUAUUAAAUUGUAUUAUGAUAUCAAAGGAUCAUUGGCCAGUGGAAUUAGAGAGGAUAUCAAUACAAUCAACACUAGUGAUGACCCUCAAGAAAAGAGUGAAGCUUUGUCCAACAUCUUUUCACGAAUCUCUCAAUGUUUUAAUAUAGAGACAAUGUACAAGGAAGGUGUUGUUGAUGCAUUGGUCAAAUCUGUCAAUGAUUCCGACCCAGCCGUUAGAUCAAUUGCUAUUACAGUCCUAACUGAAUUUAUUACCAAAGGAUAUGAUGUAUUUGGAGAAGAAGCAGUAAGAAAAGGAAUCAUACCAAUGAUAUCUAAAAAUAUGAUAUCAUUAAAUAUGAAUUGUGAUGCUUCAAUUGAGCUUUGGACAUUAUUACUUGCUUCAAAUAGUAAUCAUGAUGUUUUAUUAAAUUCACAUGUAUUUUUAGAGAAUCUUGGUACUUUGGCUCAUUCAAAUUCAAUGCGUUUACAAGAGGUUGUUAUUGAAACUGCUCAACUUUUAUUUGCCAAUAGGGACAAUUAUCAUUUAUUGCCAAAAUUGAAAUCAAUUCUACAUCAUUUGCAAAAAUCAAAGAAUCCAUUAACCUCAAAUUACGCAGAACAGUAUAUUGGUGUAUUGGACGGUAGAUUAGUGCCACCAGUUGGAACGACACCAUCCAAGAUGAUUGAGAAUGUCAAUUCCGAUGUAUUCAAAGUACACGCUUAUUACAAUCUUGCAGUUGGAGGAUUGUUGUCAUUCCCAUACUGUGCUUGGCGAUGGAAUGGAUUGACCAAUGAUAUGGUGUAUAGCAAAUCUCGAUCAUUUGUAGGUACCUUGGCCAUCUUUGGUGCAGGACUAUUGGCUUCAUUUGGAUUGAUCCCAGUCUACCACUCCAAGAGUAUUAAUAGUAGAAUUAGAGAUCACUAUUAUACUCCAUCCUACAAACAACAACAACAACAAAAGAAAAAAGAACGUGGUAUAUUUUUGAGUCAAAAUCAAAAUCAAAAUAAUCAAAAUAAUAAUAAUAUUUCAACCUCUGAUAAAAACAAGAAUUUACAAGAAGAAAAAGAUGCAUCAAUUACAAAUUUAACAGAAUCAAUGUUUAGUGUAAAAGGAGUUAAAGAACUAUUUUAUACACCUGCCAGUUUGUUUGGUGCUUCUCAGGUAUUCCCUAUUUUUGGAAUCCCAUUAUUAUUGUUUGGAUGGAGAAAAUCAAGAUACCUAUUCUUACCUUCACUUUGUAUUGCUAUUCCUUACAGUCUUUCUGUAAAGGUUUCUGGGGAGACUAAUUUACAAUUUAAUGAUAUGAUUUUCAAUGAUUUGUGUACUGGUUUGAUUUGA